AUGGUCGUCACCAAGCGUGCACCCGCCGCUCCUGUGCUAACUUCUCGCACAAAUUCCUCACAGCCCGUUCCGAGGGCGAAACACAAAGCACCCAGUAAUGACCCGUACCUUCCGGAGGUUUCAAGUCCUCUUACGGAUGGAGGGACCGCUCACACACAAGGUCAAAGGGUUGAUCCUCAGUCUAGUGUAAAUGGAACGGGUGUAUCUUCUCCUAAGAAGAAGGAUUCUUGGACCAAGAAGAGAAGAGGAAAGGGUGCACUGUCAAGGCUUGUCGAUCUCCUGACCCGGAUAUUCAUCCUCUGCUUUUGCAUCUAUGUCGCAAUAGUAUGCCCAAAUGACGCCCAAAGCAAAACAUCUAUCUGCCGUGGUCUCUCCGAAUACCGCCGCCUCGUAAUUGACCCUUACAUCAUACCCCCAUUUCAACAUGUACUUGCUCACCCAUCUGUCGCUCCUUAUGUUGAGAAGGCAAAACCCUUUGCAGACCGUGCCAUUCGCAUCACCAAGCCCUUUGUCCAACGCGCAAAUUACGAAUUUGUCACCCGCGUUGUACCCCAGUGGAACGUUCGGAUUGUCCCGCUGUGGAAAAAAUAUGCCGUUCCUCAAUUCAGCCGUAUUGAUGCACAGCUUGGGCCUUACUGUACGCGCAUGGAGGAAGAAUACGAGCGGCGACUUGGUCCUUUCGUCGACCGUGCAACGCACACCAUGCGUCUCUUGCAGCAGAAAGCCCACCCGUACGUGAUUCAAGCUGCUCACAAGACAUAUGAUGGUUAUGAGCGCGCCCGCCCAUAUGCUCGCUCUGCCUGGGAAAAAUUCAAAUUAAUCAUCACACGACUUGUCGCUUUCCUAGGAGAGUAUAGAAGACGGUUUGUGGAUCCCCAUGUGCAGAAAAUUUGGGAACGUGUCAAGGAAUUGAGCAGCGGUGGCUCGAAGGUGCCUACACCUACCGACGUGGGCGAAUUUGUCACGGCCCGGAUCUCAAAAGCCGCAGAAGAUGCGACAGACGUGGCUCCUUCUGUCUUAGCCUCAGCGCAAGCCUCGCAUUCAGAAAGUUUCUCAAUUGUAUCUGAUGCAGCUGAGACUACCCCUGUCGCAAUUCUAUCGGAGGUUGUGUCGCAGGUAUUUUCAUCCGCGUCGUUAGCUGCAGAGCCUCCUGCAGCUGUCUCAUCCCGGGUCUCCGGCGUAUCUUCUUUGGUGGAUGCCACGGCGUCGUCUGUGUUCUCCGCCGCAUCAGUGUCUACCUCCUGUUCUUCAUCUCUGACCGAUGCCUUCCCUUCCAUUGUAUCUUCGCUCCCGUCCGAAUUUGCAAGUUCUGCAUCUGAAAUGGCGCACGCGGCCUUUUCAAUAGACUCAUCAAUUGCCAAUCAGCCGCUCUCCGUAUCCAGCGUAGGUGAUGCAGCCUCCGAGGGCCUUACACAUGCUUCACAGACCGCCGAACACGCUGGGUCCGCAGUCUCCUCAGACGUUUCAACUGUCACGGAUCAAGCCUCAGCGUACACUUCUUCCGUGGCCCGCGUUCCUUCUGCUUCUCUAACUUCUGCGUCCGCGUCUUCCUUCCCGUUAGUUGUGACAGAAGCAGUCACACCUGUUCCCCUUCUGAAACAGGACGAGGAUGCCGAACUGGCGGCCUUUUACGCCGAGCUCGGCCUCAGCGACGUCCUGGCGGACUCGAGUUCCCAGCCGGCUGCACCGGUGCACACGGAGACCGCAGAGGAGAGAGCUGCCCGGGAAGAGGAACGGGCCGAACGGCAGCGCCAGAGGGAAGUCCAGACAGCGAAACGACGCGCUGAUAUAGAGGGUCGUCAUGCGAAGUGGGAGAGCGAACUCUCCAUGGCGAUUGACACGAAGCAGAAGGCAUUGCGUAACACAUUGGCUGCGCUGCGGAAGGAUGCGGUGGCAGAGCUGAAGGACUCCCAGGAAAUUAAGGAGGAAGUUGAUUCGUUGGUCGAAGAGGCUGAAAAAUUGCUGCGUGGCGCAGAGAAAUAUCUGCAAACACUGGAGAAGGAGACCAGGAAGGAGGAAGAGAAGAAGACGAUGUGGGAGCGUGUCGUAGAGAAGGUCGACGAGAAGUUCAAUCAGCGAUUGCAGCAGACCGAAACCGUUGUGAAUGGAUGGUAUCUUGGUGUGAUCAACAGGGAGCUGGUAGAGGUCCGCAAGGUUGCCGAGGAUGUCAAAGACAUCGCUGACCGGGGACAGGCCGACGUCGGUUUGGAUUACGCAUAUCUGGAUGACGUUACGUAUUCCGACUGGCAGCGAUAUCAUGAUAUUGUCAGAGCCAGCGACAAUUUCACAGCUGAUGCACACUCUAUUCAGGAUGGAACACAUUCCUCACCACCGCCUAAUCCUGUGCUACCUGCAAUCACCGACCUUCAGUCUGAGGUUCAAGACAUUGUUGUGGGGUUUGAAACCCGCCUCCGGCGUGUCAGGCGUACUGGCGAGCGUGCGUUUGCGAGCCAUGAGGUCGUGGUGGAACCCAAGCACCAUGCAGCCGAUGAAACUGUCUCCAUUCUUCCUAUUGAGGAUGUGGACAACGUCAGAUCACACGCAGACAUAUUUGUGCCCCCGGUAGUGAUUGGACGGAGCAAGGAGGAAGUGCUAGAUGCUCUCAACCGUGCAGCGGCUCAGGACGGUGAAACGACGUCGCCUACCGAGAAACGGGAGGCAUCUCAGAAAGCUGAGGAGCUUGUGCAGGAGCUGGUGGAGGACGUCGACGAUGACGAGAGCAUUCCGGAUGCGACGCCAGUACCCGCUCACGAAGAGUUAUGA